AUGGCGGCUUGCGCUCUUCUCUUGGCCUUCGCGCUCUACGACAAGUACGACCCCCCUACGAGGUGCUACAUCCGCAUCGACCCGGUUCCUACGCUGCCGCCGCUCGAGGGUCGUAGGGCGGAGAUCGUCGAAGAGCUGGAAGUUCUGCACGACGCCAUCGUAAGCGACAACAAGACGCUGCGCAUCUUGGAGAAUUCGGUGCUGGCCGAACUCACCCCCAACCAGCUGGCCAAGAGGAAGCAACGCAUUCGCACCGCGGUAGAGGCCAUUGCGACGAUGGAGGCGCAGGUGGGGCACCUGAGGACGGAGCUGGUGAGCGUCGAGAGGGAGAUCGCCUCGUGGCUACGCGCCAAGUUCAUCUACGACCACUUCGGCGGGUGGAUGCUGCGGUUCGUGCGUACGGUACCACCCUUCAAGCUAUUCACCUGCGGCAUCUACGGCGAACACGACAAGCACUAG